AAGGAAAAAAAAAACCUCAACCAACUCCUCCACAUUCUACUCUCUUCUUAAACCGACUCUGCCCAAGUCAUACCCCUUCGCUUUUUAUUUAUUUUCGUUCACGCUUCCCCGUAAAAACCAAAUAAAUUAAAAUUAUAUUUAUACACAUAAAUAUACAUCUAAUGUUCCAAAAAAGCCCCAAUUUUCUCAAACCCUAAUCUCGAUUUCCCCCUCUUUCACUCCCCCUCUCUUUGCGCCGCCGAUUAGUCUUUUUAUUCUUUCGAUUUCUCCACCGUAAAGUUAUUGAUUUCACUAGAUCUGAAGAAGUGUGAGAGAGAUAGUGGCCCACGCGCCGUCGUAGAGUGCUCACGCGCAGAGAUCUGACGAUUGAGUUUGAGAACAAUAUGGUCGUGAAUGGCCGGCCGUUGAAGCGAAUGAAGCGGCGAGUCACAGCCGACGUGAACGACUUCUUCACCUUCCCGUCCGGCGAGUCGCCGGUGGACGGGCCGUUCCGGAACAGCGUGAAGGCGUUCGUCUCGAAGUACGCGCUGCUCCCGCCGCCGUCGUCGCUGUUGCCGCAACUCAUGACGCGCCAGAUCGUGUUCCGAGUCGGCGACUCGGCCGAGUCGAACUCGGACGGGGAUGAUCUAGCCACUGUUUGUCUUGACGUCGUCGAGGAGAACGUGGCGAGAUCUAGAUCCGUGUAUUGCGAUCAGUGCCGAGUCGUUGGUUGGAGCGGCAAUCCAGUAUGUGCCAAGAGAUACCAUUUUAUCAUCAAGGCAGAUGGUAGCUCAAUUGGAGGCUAUAACAAGCCGUGUUCGAGCUGCGGUGACAGCUUCCCGGGGUCCGACUUAAGGUGCAAGUCUUGUAGCCAUGAGAUGACCGCUGAAGAUGCAGAAGAUUGGAUGUAUAAUCAGCUGGAGGAUACAACUCAUCUCUUACAUGCUGUUGUCCAUACCAAUGGUUAUGGCCACCUUCUUAGAGUUAAUGGUAGAGAAGGUGGAUCUAGGGUGCUCUCUGGAUGUCAUAUUAUGGACUUUUGGGAUCGCUUGUGUAAAGUACUUGCAGUCAGAAAGGUCAGUGUUAUGGAUGUCUCGAAAAAGUAUGGGUUGGAAUUCCGCCUUCUACAUGCCAUCACUAAGGGCCAUCCCUGGUAUGGUGACUGGGGUUAUGAGUUUGGUGCUGGUAGUUUUGGCCUAACAGUUGAUGCUUACAAUAUGGCAGUUGAAACCCUCUCAAAUACGCCGCUCUCCAUAUUUACUUCCCAGGGAAGGAAACCAAGGACUAGAUUACAGGAUUUGAUAUCAAUAUAUCAGUCAAUAUCAGAGGACGAGCUUGUAAAUAUUAGAGAUCUCUUUUGUUUUCUGAUGAAUUUGAUACGGGCUGCACAUACUUCUCCUGUGAGGGUUGAUGAUGCCACCUUUAAGAAGCGUAAGUUAUGCGACUCGAGGAUUCUGAGUGCAUGGACUGAUAAUGAUAUUUUUAGAGUGGAAAAAGCAAUGUUCAAAGUGAUGAGGGCUAUUUCUGGAUCCUCUUGGGUCCCUUGGCGUGCGCUUAGGGGAGCUGUUUGCAAGGCAGGCCCUCCUGAACUACUGGAUUAUUGCCUCAAGGAACUUAAAGGAAAACAUGCGGCGAAUGGAAUGGUUGUCAAUUCGCGGUGUAAUCCAGAAUCUGGUGCUUUGGAGUACAGGCUUGAGCGAGUAAGUGUCUCUGAGAAUGAAAGCUCAAACUCAAUUUGUCACUAUCCUUCAGGUACAAACCACCCAGCCGAAUCAAAUCUCCUCCAUGACCUUAGGUACCUGUACGAGGCCAUGCUUCACCCCCUAACAAUGUUGAGCUUUGUGCCUGAAAUCAAAUUGAGUCGUUCAAUUGAAUCUGCUAGAAAGCUGCUCGAUUGCAAGCAAUUUGUAAAGAAUUACCAUCCUGAGAAAUUUUUUACAGUUAUGCAUCCAUCUGCUGUUCAGUUAUCAUGUGAAGUAGAUCUCGUGGACCUGGCCGAGGAUGAUGCUAUUAAGCCGCCUCCUGAAGUAAUUAUACUACCUUGUAUUGCUACCAUUUCUGAUGUAAAGAUAGAAGGUGCAAAAGCAUUUCAAGAAGUGUAUCUGUCGUUGAGAAGAUUUCAAGCAGAAGAGAUAAUUGGCUAUGGCGGUGUACCUGAGUCCACCCAGGUCAAACUUCUAUUUGGUUCAACUGAAACGGUUAGAAUCCGUGGGAAAUGCCAGGGUAAAAAUGGGUCGUCUAAGUUCAGAAUGGAAAGAGGGGUUGAGAGCUGGAUAGUGGAUUGUAUCUGCGGUGCAAGAGAUGAUGAUGGAGAGAGAAUGUUGGCUUGUGAUGUCUGUGGUGUUUGGCAGCACACUAGAUGUUCCGGCAUUCCAGAUCAUGAAGCUGUUCCUGCAAAAUAUGUCUGUCGUGUGUGCUCUGACCGAGCGACAAAAGCCAAGGGUGACAUGGUCGACCUUGCUUAUGGAAGUGCUAACGGCAAGAUUAGGGUGAAUUGGACAACUAAAGCUUGAUAUGGUGCUGUGCAUUUUGGGAAUAUGUAAAUGCUUUUAACUUGUUUGGUCUGAAAAACAGUGUAAAUAUGUAAAAGACCGGGCAUCUACAUUAUGCAUCAGCACUAUUGAUAUUUUUUUUUAAUCUAGUCAAGCUUUGAGUUCC